AUAGAGGAACUUGUACAAGUUGUGAGGUUCAACUUACUUCCUGUUAAGCAAGCAAGGCAAAAAGAAAUAGACCGCCCUUUGUUGAAUGAACUAGUUUUCAAGUGCCAUGUCAGCUUCAAAGUGUUCAGACUCAGCUUUCACAAUUAUUUCAACUCCAGCGACUACUCUAGGAACAGUUACAUGUAGCUGUAGCCGGUUUUGAAACAAUAUGACAACAGAAGUGAAUGACUGGCCGCACUUCAUCUUACAGAAACUGCCAUUGCAAGAAGCAUUCAUUUACAUCAUAAGGUGACAUUCCAGUGCCUGCCUUAAAAUAUCACACUUUCUUCAACUCGCUCAAAGUCAGAAAGAAAUGGAAAGUGCUCCUGAAAACAAAAGGUCACCAAUAGCAAAUUACGAGUAUAAAGUGGAGCAACGUGCCAUGAAGCACAGAGAAAUCAGCCACCGGAAUAACACAACGACAUGUCGCAGUCCCACCAGAGAUCUGGACACAAGGCAGAUGAAAAAUGAACUGCAUCUCAAAAGACAGUCUGAGUUCUUCAAAAGAAGACCUGUGGACCAUGGUACAUGCUCACUGUUAUCUCCAGUGCCAAGGCGCAGAUACCCAAGGGAAACCCUGCAUGCCACACAGCAUAUGACGCACACCUUAACGUCAAUCAGACGGCCCUUGAUAACAAGUCAAAAUGUAAAGCUUCAGAGAGAUGGCAUAACCUUGGCAAAGCAGGUCUCUACAUCUUUCAAGAAUGAGGAAAAUGAGCUGAGAUCAGAUGUAUGGGAAAUUCCGGGCCUCAGUUCUGUUCAGCUUCGGGGGAAAGUGAAAAAGGAGCGAGUUCUCCUUAAAGACAUUACUCAGCUCUCAAACUUCCAGAAGACAUUACAGACGGCCAGCAUUCAGACUGAGUCUGGAUUCGUUACCGUCAAAGAAGCGGAUGUUAACCAGUUGACUGACUACUUAGAGGAGGCCUUACAAAGAGAGGAGGCUCUUAAAAAGAAGCUCUCCAACCUCCAGAAGAGUGCCGCUACAUUACUGCACUCUACAGAGCUCCUCUGGAAGACACGCUGUGAUGAGGACGUGUUGAAGAGUAAGAUUAAAGCUCUUGAGGCUCAACUGCAGGUCUGCAUCAAGAAGAUUCCUCAGGAUGGAGUGAAAAGGAUAGUGCUGAAGAUGGAAAAACAGAGGGAGGAGUAUGAAAAGAAGGCUCUGAAGGCUAUUCAUAGGGCAGAGAAUGAGAAGGCAGAAGCUCAGAGCAGGUCGGAGUACCUACAGGGGGCGCUGCAGACAUCACAGUCAGAGUCUCAGCACUGGCAGAGGCUGUGUGAGGAGCUGAGAGAGAGCUCCAGUCAGAUGAAAAAGAGACAAGAUGAGAGCACUGAUCAAAUGCUGCAGCUGCAGGGACAUUUAGAGCGUUCUGUGGGCCAGGAGGAGAUGCUGAGGAAACAGAGCGAAUCUCUUGAGCAGGAACGAGUAGAGCUUCAUUCCUGCAUCUCAGAGCUGCAGGAGGAAAACCUCACACUGAGAGAGUAUCUACAGGAGCUUACAGGAAACAACCAUGAGGGGUGGAACAGUAGCACAGAAACACACGAAGAAGUUUCAGUAUUGGACCAGCUCUUGCGAACAGAUAACAGCCCAGCAAGACAUCUGAGAGAUGCAGAACACAGACUCAGAGCUAAAGAAAAAGAGUGUAUGGAGCUGCAGGCAGAUCUUGAGGCUUUGGAGCAGGAGUGUUACGGCUAUCAAUCUAGACUGACCCAAUGCAGAGAAGAAAUGAACUCAAUGGCCACACGCCAGAAGAAGAGAAGGAGUGGAUGUUGUAGGUCGUGGCUGUGUAUGUGUGUGCUCUUACUGAUCCUGAUGGCCAUGGUGUUGGCGGUGCUUUGGUUUUAUCAUCCGCCUAUAAGAGAACAGCUCCGCCAUCUUUACUCUGAGCUGGAGGAACGUUUGGAGGACUACCUUAUACUGACAGCAUCCACUCGCAACAGAUUCUGCUUUAGACCUGUGUGACAACAGCAAAAUCAAGUGGCUAAUAGAGAAUUCUUGUGCAUAUUUAUAUUUUAUAGUUAUUAUUUUAUGUUUCUAAUGGAUUGUGUAUUUUUUCAAGUCAAGACUUGAAGUACUUCUUUGCAUUAGUAGCCAAGUAUUAGUAUUAAUGGAAGCUCAUGUCUGUCACAAGGUUAAAAAAAGGUAAUUGCGACAUUUUAUUUCAGCUUUUAUAUUACAAAGAAAAAAUUACACUUCUGUGAUUAUAUACUCUGAAUUAUGAGUUUACAUCUUUAACUUCUGAAUAACUUCACAUCUUUCACAAGUUAAUAAGCUUACUAGCAAUUUUAGAUUAUCUAUAGACCAUUUCAAUGUGGCGAUGUCACUGGCCCAAGAACAUUUCCUUGUUGUCAAACUAUUUUGUAACUGUAACAAGAGGCAAUUUAAUUAUUUAUUAAUAUUGAAACAGCUAUCAUAACAGUAUUUAUCAAUAUGUGAACAUUUUGGAUUCUUGGAAACUUUAGAAAUUAAAAACGUAAUACAGGAAAUAGGUUAGGACCAUUGUUAUUGUUUACAUCACUUAUCCCCCCUAACUUUUUUUAUCAGAAUUAUGAGUUUACGUUUCACAAUUGUUAUAUUUUCACAUUUUGAGUAAUUAAAUUAGAAUUGUGACUAUUUCUAGCAAUAGCAAAUUUUACUUUAGACUUUUUCAUCAGAAUCAGGCCUGUAGCCAGUCUAUUGAAGGGGGUGGUUCUUAUUUCUGAAAAAGUGGACCUUUUUGCAGUUAUUCACCUUAUUUUCUAUUCAAUUAUGCAUUUUAGUGACAUUUUAAGAACUAAUCUUUGCUGGAUCAGCUUGUCGGAUGGUGAUCAUAACCACACUUUCUUGAUGACCCAAAAAUAUUUCCUACAAUUUGUGCUCACCUUACUAUUUUACAACAAAGUAAUUAUUUACAAAUGUAGAUUUUAAACUGUUUUGUAAUAUUUUGUUUCAUUUAAAAUUUAUAAGAUAUUUAAAGGCAAUGCGGUGAUGCAGUGGGUAGCGCUGUCUUUUCUGUGUGGUGUUUGCAUGUGCCCCCCAUGUUCGUGUGGGAUUCUUCUGGGUGCUCCGGUUUCCUCCACAGUC